AUGUCCUUCUUCUCCAGGAAGAAGUCCCAUGCCGCCACGCCAACGGCCCCGUCCCAAGUCACUGUGGCCCAAACGCCCACACAGGCUUUGGCCCAGCUCUCUGCGAGUGCCAGCAAAGAUAGUGGCAAUGCACCCCAGCAUCAAUCUGGUAGUUUACGGGACGCAAAUCCGCUUGAUGGACCCCCUGCUAGCGUCAACGGCAAUACGGCCGUCCCUCCAAGUGUCCAGCAGCAGCCACGGGCGCAAAUACGGGGGAACAGCCCAAAUAACCCACCUCAGCCGACACAACCAAACGGCCCACCACCGGUGCAGCAGCAGCCCCCAUCGUCCCAGUCAUCGACGCCAAGACCGGCGUAUCCAUGGUCUGCCCGACGACUACAACUUCCUCCGCCGGUCGUUAUCAAUAAACCUGGUGUAGUACCGCCGACUUCACCCUCACCCUCGCCGUUUCCACGAUACGGCCACUCUCUCCCAGCCACAGCGACACCCUCAGGCGAUCUCUUCCUUUUCGGCGGUCUCGUCCAUGAACUCCCCCGAAACGACCUAUACCUUUUCUCCACCCGUGAUCUAUCAGCCACUCUUCUCCAAACCGGCGGCGAACUUCCUUCCGCUCGAGUGGGCCACGCUAGUGCCCUCGUAAGCUCUGUGCUCAUCGUAUGGGGCGGUGACACAAAAGCCGAUCCAAAAUCAAAACCUACAGACAAGCAGGACGAUGGACUGUAUCUUCUCAAUCUUGUGUCUCGAGAAUGGACUCGGGUCACCGUGCACGGACCUGCCCCCGUUGGGCGCUAUGGUCAUGCUGUAGCGAUGAUCGGCUCAAAAUUCUUCGUAUUCGGUGGUCAAGUCGACAGAGACUUCUUAAACGACCUCUGGGCAUUCGAUCUAAACUCAUUGCGGACGAAGGCAACCUGGGAGCUCUUCGAUCCCGUCACUGCGGACAGACCAGCUCCCAGAACCGGGCAUGUCUGUGUUACCCAUGGUGAUCGAAUUUUGAUAUUCGGUGGCACUGAUGGGCAGUAUCACUACAAUGACACAUGGGCGUUUGACAUGAAUACGCGGACCUGGAGCGAGCUGCAGUGUAUUGGGUUUAUUCCGUCGCCGCGGGAGGGCCACGCGGCAGCGUUGGUGGAUGAUGUGAUGUACGUCUUUGGUGGACGGGGGGUCGAUGGAAAGGAUCUCGGAGACCUUGCAGCGUUCAAGAUAACCAACCAAAGGUGGUAUAUGUUCCAGAACAUGGGGCCAUCACCUAGCGGCCGAUCCGGACAUGCUAUGGCUUCAAUGGGGACUAGGGUACUUGUCUUGGGUGGUGAAUCAUUUACUCCAGCAAGGUCUGACGACGCCAGUGUCAUCCAUGUCCUGGACACAAAACAUAUCAAGUACCCUGAUUCUAACAAACCGCCGCCGACCGGCGCGCAACCUAACACACAAGCUCCACGAAAGAGUAGUAUUACGCAGGCGCAGCCUAAUGGGGGGCAGAUGGCUAAUGGUGCGCGAUCGGUGUCGCCAAAUGGACCCAUGGAGGAGGAAGUGCGACGGGGCAUGUCGCCAGCCAAUGGGCGACCUACUACUAAGCCUGUCAAUGGUGUGGCGCAGCCACCUUUCCCAGUGAAUGGCAAAGGUAAGGGCCCCAUGCGACCCAGACGAGAGGAAGAUGAUGCGAAUGGGACGGACGAUGGGUUUGAAUCCGCCACCACAGAAUCAUACAUCCGGGAACGAGCCAUGUCACCGGAGCAGCUUUCCCAAUCUAGCCAUACUCGAGCUAAGAGCCCGCCUACGGUUGCUAGUAGGGCAGUUUCACCGGCGAAUGGGAGCCAGGAUUACGGCAAUGGGAAUGUGCCAAAUAUCACUGGGGUGUCGAUGGGUAUAGCAGCACGGAGCGCGUCGCCUUUGACUGUCGAUCGCAGCAAGCCGCCGCCAGAUGCGUUCUAUCAGCCGCCUAACGGUUCGCCCACAGCCAACGCUUUCAAUCGACCUGGUACUGCCAAUAGCACGGUUGGAGUUGGUAGUGCGCCAGUGGACACCAUGCGGGAUGUGAAGACUAGAGAGGAGCUGGACGCUGCAAGGAAGAAAAUGGCGUGGAUGAAGGAGGCGUUGCAGCAGGCGUCACGGUCUGGGUUUAUAUAUGAAGUCAGUGAUGCUUCGCCUUCUGAGGUGGCGAAUGGAAACCCGGACGACUCGGCCGACGCGAAGCGGGCGGAGAUGGUGCUGCAGUUUAAGCAGUUCAAGGCACAUAUACAGACCGUACUUGUGGAGCAAGCGAAGCAAGCAUCAGAUCGCCUGGCUGAGGCUGAGCGUAAGAGAGCUGGUGCGACGGAAGAAGCGGCGUACUAUCGGACGAAGCUGGCGGCGUUGGAGUCGUCGAACGAAGUGGAGUUCGCGCAGGCUGAGAGGGAGCGCGUGGCAGACCUGGAGCAGCGGGUAUCGGUGCUUGUGGAGGAACGCUGGAACCAGGACAGGAAGCUGAACGAGCUGAACGAUUCGCUGGCGCUGCAGACGACGCUGUGCGAACACGCGGAGGCCCGGGCUUCUGAUGCUACCAAGCGUGCGGAGAAGCUCAAUGAAGCGCACAUGCGGUUGGUCGAGCAGACGGGUAGCCUGCAGGAACUGAACGAUCGCCUCGAUGCUCAGCUGCGCGAUCACACUGAGAAACUUUUGUCUCAGACUUCGCUGUACGAGCAGAAGGCGGCCGAUGAGUCGAACUUGCUCGCGCAGAUCGAGGAACUGAAGCUGUCUCGUGAUCAGCAUGUUCGCGCUCUGGAGCAAGCACGAUCGGCGGUGCAAGCUGCCUCUGCGCGCAAUAGCGAGGCAGAUGCGCAACAACAGCACUCUCGUGAACAUAUAAACACACUAGAGGCCGACCUCGCCGAACUUCGUGGGGAGCUCGAGUCGCGCACGACGGAGGUAGAGUCGAUGCGGGCGCAACUGACUGAGGUGGAGAACUCGUGGGCCAAGUCGCGAGAAGAGGCAGAUGCUUAUCGGGCGCUGACGACCGGUAGUCUGGGAGAAAUACUUGACUCACAUCGCGACUUAAAAUCCGACGAGGAUCGCCUAGUCCGUGGGCAUAUGGAGAAAGUCCAAGCAAUGGAGACGGAGACCUCCUCUCUACGCCAGAUGCUCAAGGAAACCACGGCUCGCGUCGAGGAUAUUCAAACGCAACUCGCGGCAGAACGGCGGCAGAAUCGCGAGAACGAGAUCGAGCGCUUACAACUUCGGUCACAAAUUAACGGCCUUCGCUCUCAGCUGUCCAAUGCCAUGCACACCAGCGCUUCCCUUGGUCGCGAUCUCUCCGACAAAGAGCGUGAGUCGAUGGAACAGUCGAAAGCUGCAUCGGAUGCCCUUCUGCGUCUCAAUAUGCUGCGGGGAUACCUCUCGGAGAAUGGCAUUUUGCUCGACGACGAUAUGCGUCCACAGUUCAAUGGCAACUCUGCUCCGGAGACUAUCGCAGACCUCGAACAACAACUUGCAGAACUCACGCGCCACCAUGAAGAUGCUCAACGCGAAGUCGCUCAGAUUUCACAUCAAAAGAGAGAUGCGGAGGACCAGAUCAACAGCCUUAUAUCGGAGCUUGACCACCUCAGAGCCAAUAGCCACUCUCCUUCACGAACCAACGAAGCAGAAGCGCGGGCUGCUGACUUGGAGCGUAAAUUGGAGGAGACGGAGCGUGGCUACAAAGUCAGAAUGUUGCAAAUGGAAGAGGACUAUCAGCUCGCUGUCCGCUAUGUCAAGGGAACUGAAAAGAUGAUGCGGAGAAUGCGGGACGAAGUCACAAAGCAGAAGAAAACCAAUGCCGAGCUACAGGCUGAUCUUGACGCUGCCCGUGGUGUCAAGACUCCCGACUCUGCUGCCAGGGUGCGGGGCCUCAACGGACGUACAACCCCGUCUUCAGACGAAGGCUCAGAAAUCAUUCGAAGUCAACUCAUCGACUCGCAACGACAAGUGCAAAGGCUUCACACUGAGAACAAAGAGUUGCGAAAUCGCUUAGAUAUUCUAGAGAGGGACCUUGAAACUCUCCGUGACAGCCUCGUCGUAUCACAACGAGAAUCAGACGAUCGACUGAGCCAGAUCGAAGAGCUGCAGCAUGAAGUCGAACGCUUACAGAACUCCCUGCUAGUUGCUCGAGGCGGCAGCGAAGAGACGACACUGGAGAAAUUGAGCAACGACAACAUAACCUUGCGGCGAGAGAACGAGCAACUGUCCCACAAGAUUGGACUACUGCUUGAAGUUGAUCAACCCACUUUUGGCCAAGGCAGACCAAUGUCUGGACGUCGCGCAAGCACCUCAAGUUCCGAGAAUGCUCUCGCUUUCGAGCAUCUUUCCAGCGAAUUGGACGAUUGGCAACGGCAACUGGCGAGCUCAAUGAGCAAUCGCCGACCACUAAGCGACUUCAAUGACUCUGACCAUAUGUCUUCUGGAUUUGAACGAACUCGAUCACCACGGUCAUGA